AUGGCGACUUUGACGAACGCAUCCCGCGUCUGCCUCCGGGGCAUGACGAAGCAGACGGCGCUCGCCUCGGUGCCGGUACGAGCGCUGGCCACCUCGGCAAGCCUUCAGGACUCCGCGGCGCCAUCCGCGUACGGUUACCAGGCGACGUUCAAGGGCCAGAGCAAGGGCGCCCAGAUCCCCAACUUCGGAAACUACAUGUCCGAUAAGGCUCCCGCUACCAACAAGCUGUUCUCGUACUUCAUGGUCGGUGGUUUGGGUGCCAUUUCGGCUGCCGGCGCGAAGUCGACCGUUGAGGAGUUCCUGAAGAAUAUGUCCGCUUCCGCCGAUGUCUUGGCCAUGGCCAAGGUUGAGGUCGAUCUCAAUGCCAUCCCCGAGGGCAAGAACGUCAUCAUCAAGUGGAGAGGAAAGCCCGUUUUCAUCCGACACCGAACCGAGUCCGAAAUUGCCGAAGCCAACAAGGUCAACAUCGCUUCCCUUCGAGACCCUGAGAAUGAUGCCGACCGUGUCAAGAAGCCCGAGUGGCUUGUGAUGUUGGGUGUCUGCACCCAUCUCGGUUGUGUGCCCAUUGGCGAGGCUGGUGACUAUGGUGGCUGGUUCUGCCCUUGCCACGGUUCUCACUACGAUAUCUCCGGACGUAUAAGAAAGGGACCCGCUCCUCUCAACCUCGAAAUCCCCGAGUACGAGUUCCCCGAGGACGGCAAGCUGGUUAUUGGUUAA